AUGUCUAUUGUCCUAGAUAGCCUGCCGAAUGAAAACUAUGAACCAUCGGAAAUGGAGCUUGUGGAGUAUGGCAAAUGGCUCGGUAUGGAUCUUCCUCUGGAUAAGCCGUUUCUCUGGAUUGCGCGCGAGGGUUUAAAGGCCCCGUUACCAGAACAUUGGAAGGCUUGCAGGAGUGAAAAAGGGGAACUCUAUUACUUCAAUUUCAAGACAGGAGAAAGCAACUGGGAUCACCCGCUGGAUGAGCAUUUUCGGGAACUACUACAGCGUGAGAAAGCCAAUCCCAGUCCUCAAAGUGUUGCCAGUGGAGCGAAGAAGAAUGUGAUCGAGGCAAAUUCAAAAGAGGAGAAUGCGGCUGAAAAAAAAAAGGUGAAGGAUCAGCGCAGAUCCUCUUCCGGAGGGAAGUCCAAAAUACAGACCCUCAAGUCACUGAAGCUCAAGAAGGAGCUUCCCGAGGACCUUCGAAUUGACUUCAAGGCGGGAUCCAUCUCUAGUUCGGAUUCUAGCGCGCACAGUGGAGAUACUGUUAGACUCAAAGACAACUCGCCUCCUGGGGGAUCCCCGGCGCUGCAACGAGUAACGGAGACGUUGCGUUUCGAAUCAGAGCCAGAUUUCCUGGAAUCUGACAAAAAGACCUUUGUGGCAAAUCUGGAUGAUCAACUAAAGCGGUUUCAGAAUGAAAGACUGAAGGAGCAUCAACUUGCCAAAGAGGAGUACGAGGCGAGGCUGAAGGACUCCUGGAAAAACUCUCAGAAACGGCUGGAGGAUGAAUACGAAAGAAAAGCGAACACGCUGAAGGCGGAUCUUGAGAAGAAGCUUCACACAGAGAAAAGAAAUCUAGAGGAGAAGUAUACCGCUAACAUUCAGAAGCUCAGUGAUGAACUUACUACCGGAUACGAGAGGGAAGCAAAGCGAAUACGCCAAUUUUUGAACGAGAAGCAGCAGAAGGAAAGGUGCGAUGCUGAGCAACGGUGGAAGUCAGAAAUGGAUGAGCUUGCCAAGAAAAAAUCUAUGGAACUUGAGAAGCUUCGCUCUUCAGAGAGUCAGACUCUCAAGGCUAUGAAAAAGAUUACAGGAGAACUGAAAGAGGAGGCAUCGACUUUCGUCGACACAUAUAAGCAGGCCCAUGAGGCGUUCGCCAGAGUGAUGUUAGAUACCAGCACUACUUACUUAAAGCUCGGUGAGGGGACUUUGGCUCAGCUAAUAGAUAGAGCCGAAAAGUCGUACGACAAUGGAAUAAUGAAAAUCAAAGAUUGCUACGAGUCAGAAAUAGAACAGAUAAAGCGUAAAUAUGCAACAGACGUCUUUGCUUUGAAACAAGAUCAAGAAAAGUUUAUACAGGAAAAGGAAAAAUACGAGAAAGAAUAUAUGGAAUUUGCUAAGGAAAGAACAGUAUCGCUGAACGAGAGAAUUACUAAACCUUCUCUGUCGCGCACGACACAGGAGGGGCAGAAAAGUCAUCACAACCCCGAACAGGUGUUUGGGCCGAUAGAGAGUGAUCCGGUCCUUGUCCCAGAAAUGAGGGGGAAUUCCAAGGAGCCUGAAAUGGAUCCGGCAGGAGCUCAAUCCGAAAAGAGACUGCUUGAGUCGGUUGUUGCGUACAUGAAAGAGUCGCAAAAGAAAGAACUAGAGGAAGUCAAAAAGGAUCUCAAGCGGCACACAGAGGAGGAGCUUAAAGCUGCUUUAGAUGAGAUCAUGCAGGAGCGCCGCCAGGUAAUGAGUGGUUCAUUACCGGAAGAGAAGGAUGGAACACCCUCUCUUCGGGACUCUGGGAAAGUUCCUAUAGACAUAAAGACUGGUGCGAAGGAUUCAGAAAGAAGUUCCACUGUUUCUCCAGAAGCUAUCAUGAGAGAUGAUCUAACGGCUGUUGUCACAGAAGCACUUCGUGCGGUGUUUGCGGGCUCUCCAUUUAUUAUUCCCUCCCCCACGAGUGGAGAUUCCGCUGGCAUGAAACGACCCAGUACCUCGGAGCCACUAUCAACCCCACCGGGAAAUGAAGCGAAGACGCUGUAUUUGGAGAAAAGUGGAGAGCGAUUUCCUGUUUCUUUUCAGGAACAAAAGACGCUCUUGGAGGGUGAACGUCAUCGAGUUGCGCAAGGAAAGAAGUUUGUGGAAAAUCAACGUCUGAGUCUGGAAGAGCGACGCUAUCAACUCAAGCUGGCUAGGCACCAGUGGAAACAUGACGUUAUGCUGGCUAAACAAGAUGGUAUACGCUCUUCUUCACGGCGCGGCCAGUUGCUUAACAAACUUCGUUUUGCAUUAGAGAGUCAAGCAAGGGGCUUGGAGCAUGAUGAAGCCAUUCUUCGUGACAGCGAGAGGUGGCUUUUAAUGAAGGAGCAAAGUGUGUAUCAAAUGGAACAGCAACUCAGUGAACUUGAGGAAGGUAAGGAACGUGAUAUGUCCACAAACAGUGUAGAUACUGUGGCUCUUAUGACAGGCUUCUUCAAACCAGCACUUGCAUCGGCAAAUUUGUACCCCCAAGGUCUGGAUACCAUGCAGGGGGUGACGCAUACACCCAGCUUGAGUCCAGCGUACACCAAAGCCUUAGACAAAAUUGCAAAGCGCCUUGAGGAAGUGACUUCUAUGAUGAACCUUCAGCAGCGGAAGCGGACCUUUUCCUUACCGCAUGGAAAUCUGCGACGACGGCGAUCAGAGCAAAAACCGGCAAAGGAUGUGGAGGUAAUGCUCAACGACAAUGGAGUUUUUUAG